AUGGCGCUGUAGAGGCGCUGUGGAAGUUUUUCCGCCUGGGUGGAGGAUAUGCGUGUGUGUCGGAGUGCGCUGUGAGGAUUUAACCUGCUGCGGGGGAUUUCGGCUUUUCCGUUACAUUCUCCUUCUUGUGGUGGAAAACAGGUCCAAGAUGCCGCGCUCGUUCCUCGUCAAAAAGCACUUCAACUCCGCCAAGAAGCCGAACUACAGCGAGCUGGACUGUCCGGCAGCGUUCGUGUCUCAGCAGCUCCUCAAAAGCCUGGUGAUGCCCGUGAUCCCGCAGCCCGAGGUGUUGAGCCCGGUGAUGUACAGUCCGAUCACCAUGUGGACGGCGAGCGAGUCUCCGCUGUCACCGCUUCCCACUGACCUCUCGCCCGUGUCGGGAUACCCGUCGCCCAAAGACAGCCACGAGAUCCCGAGGAGCGACGAGGACGAGCACGAGCACGAGCAGCCGGCCUCCAUCACCAUCACCACCACCACCAGCAGCAGCAGCAGCGGCAACUCGGACGUGGCGGAAAAGUUCCACUGCGCCCUGUGCCACAAGUCGUACUCCACGUACGCGGGCCUGCUCAAGCACAAGCAGCUGCACUGUGACGUGCACGCACGCAAGGCCUUCAGCUGCAAGUACUGCGAGAAGGAGUACGUGAGCCUCGGCGCGCUCAAAAUGCACAUACGGACACACACGCUGCCGUGCGUCUGCAAGCUGUGCGGCAAGGCUUUCUCACGCCCGUGGCUUCUACAGGGACACAUCCGCACUCACACAGGCGAGAAGCCGUUCUCGUGUUCCCACUGCAGCCGGGCGUUCGCCGACAGAUCCAACCUCAGGGCCCACCUGCAGACGCACUCGGACGUGAAGAAGUACCAGUGCAAGAACUGCUCGAAAACCUUCUCCAGAAUGUCUCUCCUGCACAAGCACGAGGAGUCGGGAUGCUGCGUCGCCCACUGACCCCCAUCCCAAAUCCUCCCUCCCCCUCCCCCUUGGUUAGGGGGGGGGACUGCUCUGGAAAAUUCACGGUGCCUUUUUUUAAAAAAAAAAAAAAACAUUGCAAUUUCCGCACACAGUAUUCUUAAUUCCAGGGGCGCGUGUGACCGAGUGUUCAUUUUUUUUUUUCUUCUCUCUCUCUUAAAUCAUGCGCUCCGUCAUGUGCUUCCAAUUUGUAAACAGUAUUCCGACUGUUUUUUGGGCUUUUUUUUAAAAAAAAAAAAAAAGAAAAGAAAAAAGAAACAAAUCCUUUUGUGUACUGUAAGAAAAUGUUUACUGCUCCGUACUAUCAUAAGAACAGGAAACCUGCUCCUCCAGGACUUGAGCGAUAACCAAAGCCAAUUUAUUAUUAUUAUUAUUAUUAUUAUUAUUAUUAUUAUCCAUUCGUGGAUAUUUACCGGGAUGGCGAUGAACUUGUUCGUGCUGUUCUGCUCAACAGCAGGUGUAUGAUCAAAAGACCAAAGACUCAAGGACCACAAGCCAUCGUCGUAGAGGGAACAAGUGCAAAGUAUUUCACCUGCGAACGCAGCGAUCUACCACCAAGUGCUUUCUUUUUCUCAGAGACCCCCCCCCCCCCCCCCCCCCGCAAUCGAUUAUUAGUUUUUUUGAUACAUUAUUUGAAUGUAUGUGUGACUGAAAUGAUUGUAUAUUGUUCGUACGUAUGCAUUUAAGCCAAUAGAUGACGGUUUUUGUGCCUUUUUUUUAUACGCUCUAUGGAAAAAAAAAAAUAAAAAAAAGCUUCCUGUUGGUAUUUUUUAAA